AUGUUAUUUGAAACUAAUCCUCCUCAUUUAAUCGAAGAAACUAUGUUUGAAGUUGCUUGUUUUGAGAGCAAUACAACAUUGAAUCCUUUUGUUAAGUUGAAUUAUACAAUGACGAAAAAGGGAAAGAUGAAAAAUCCAUGUGAACCAAGUUUAAUUAAAAAAUCUUCAUUAGAUGAUUUGACUGGCACAAUUAAUAAUACAUAUCAUCAAUAUUCAUUCAAUGCUAAAUGUAUCGAUUCUCAAGUAUUUAUUGAUUUAGUUAAUUGGAAUCUAUUAGAAAAUUUUUUUGCGAAUCUCUCUUAUGCUCCAUCAGGUUGGCAAGCAAAAAAUGGAUACUAUUAUAAUGAUAAAUUAACAACGACCACUACUACUACUACUACUUCGCCAACAUCUUUACCUGAUAGCACCAAGAAUAUAACUUCAUCCAACACUGGCGAAGUAACAAUAUUUUCAACGGUUAGUACUACAAUACCUACAACUUCUGUUACGGAAAUCGAUAGCACGAGAGAUAUAACUUCAUUCGGUAAUAGUGAUGUAACAACAUUGUCCACAAUUAGUACUUCAUUAUCAACUACUAUUUUGAUCGAGUUCGAUACUACAAUAUUAUCAAUCAGGAGUAAUAGUCCAACACUACUAGCCACGUCUAUUAUCAGGGACACUCCGACAUCAUCAAGUGAAAGUAGUACACCAAGUAUAACUACGUCUAUACAGAGUAGCGAAAUUGUAUCUUCAACUAUUACAACUACAAAUGCUGACCAUAUUUUGGAUACUACCUUCGAAACAAUAUCCACAACAUUUUUGGGAAGAAGUACAACAUCUUAUAUCAAUGUAAAAAAUAACAAAACAUCGAAAAAAAGCUCGAAAACAUCAAAAAAAUCGAAAACUAGUGCUUCAACAACAUCUGUAACACCUUUAAAUAGACUUCCUUCAAAUAAAAAAUCAUCAUCUCGUAACAAAUAUAUUAUAUUUCUCCUUUUUAUCAUUGGCAUUAUUGCACUGAUGUCAUUUCUUCUUUAUUAUUAUCAACACAAUCGAAAUAGUGAUAUUAAAUCAGUGUUAGAUCGUAAUGAUAGUGAUGAAUCGUAUGAUUCAGUGGCGACACAAUCUGAAAUGGAUUCAUCAAAUGAGUAUGAUAAAGAAACGAUGUCUACACAUGCUAUAUCAGAAUUAUCAAUACCUGUGAAACAGCAAGAACAAUCAAAGAAAUCUAGGAAACAGAACACUGGACGCAUUUUUAGUACGCUAGAUCCAGAUGCUCUUUAA